AUGAAUGUUGGGACUUCUGUUGAGGACAACGAGACACUAACCAUCUAUUUUUCCUGUCUGGAUGCCAUCUUGAGACCAACAGAGGUACUGAAAGAGAAUAUCAUUGUCAUGCAUGGAAAAGCCUUUCUAUUGAAACAUCUUCAAUUUUUUAACUCAAGGCAUACAUAUGCAUGCCCCCCUGGUCGAAAACAUGACAGCAUCCGUUUCCGUCGACUCUUAUGUCCAGACCCCUCUUGUGAGGUGUGUAACACCGCAACCUCUGAGAUCAGUCAGCUGCUGUUCCCAGAGGUCCUGGAAGAUGCUUCUCUCUUUGUGUCCCCUUUGGCCUCCACAGCUCUGGUGGCAGAUUCAUCACCCACUCUGUCACCUGCCUCCUCAGUAGCCCCUGCAGGAGACCUGAUACCAUCUUCCCUGCUUGUGUCUUCCCCACCACCCCUCUCCAUUCCCUCACCUAACCCAGUGACCCCUCUGGAUGAAUUUCUUGCACCCUCACCACUGGGCUACUCUCUCCCUCCAGAACCUUUCCCUCUCCUGGAUUCCCAAUUCCCAGUGACCCUUUCCUCACCCAAAUCCCCUCCCUUUCCCCCUCCUCUACCACAUUGCAUGCAGAGAGUAGAUCCUGCUCUCCAGACAGGGCUCCCUGUGCCACUCAAAACCAUGUACACAGUGGAUCCCAUCAUGUUCCCAGACAUUGGCCCCUUAUCAGACUUGGCUCAGACGGUGAACCUGGCUGGUUCAUAUGCUUGUCAGCAAGCACCACCCACCCUGCCUGUGUUACCAGCACCAGACUGCACCUUAACUGUCACUCAGUCUCAGUCAGUUUCCAUCCUACUGAAACCUGUGCAGGAGAAGCCAUCUGCAAACAGUGCUGGUGGGCUGUGUGCAUAUGUCCCAGCAAUGACAGGCAUUGACCAUUCAAGCCUGUCAAUUUCACAGUUCUCCUUGUGGCAGGCUCACGCUAAGAAGUUGUUUUGUUCCACCUUUCCACAAGGUGAAUUCAACCAAGAAUUUCUUGCACUUCGUUCUUCAGAGACAUCUUUUGGGAGACACCCUGCUGCCAACCUCAUUGAGCCAGGUAACCUCUCCUUUUCCAGUCCUGAGGUCUUGGCACUCCUAGAGCAACACAUUCAAAAUAAGAUCAAUUCCCUCAUGUGGGAGGAAAAAGAAAAAGGGUGUUCUUUCCUGAAGCAACCUAGGCCAGAAUACCAACUAAAUCCUACAGGAAAAAUGUCCCAGAUGGUUGCCAGUAAGGCUGAAUCAGUCUCCCUUUCUUUGCUGAAGAAUGAAAGUAGACCAAAGGAUCUGCAGAUGCAUGAGCAGUCCCUAAAUCCUAUGUCCUUCCAUAACAAUUUACUGCAAAAACCUAUCCAGUUCUUCUGUGGCCUCCCAUCUCUGCACAGUGAAUCCUUGUCCACUGCUAUCUAUCCCUCUAGGGACCUUUCCUCAAUCUGGAUUUUCAAUGGGAUUUUCAAUGCCUCCAUAGACCAAGAGCCCCUAGUACCUCUGCAUCCUUCCUCUUUAUCCUUACCUGAGGUCCAUUCUCCUAUAUCACGUCAAACCCCUCUGAAAUCACAGCUAACACCUGUCCUCAAGGUUGAGCCCCAGGCCACUCUUCAACUUCCACUAUCAAACAUAUCAACUGGUACUUUACCUCAGAUGAGGAUCUGUGGAGUAUUUUUCCAUAGACUCCAAGAAGAAGCAGAGCCCCUUUCCUCUUCUGAUAUUCAAAGUUUGGAGUGGCAUGUGUUGCAGAAGAGACUGACUAGUUUAUGGGGCUCAUCUUCACUGGUCCAAAGAUAUGAAGAGAACUUUAGUCCUUUACCUCCCAAAUCUCCUGCCCGCCAGGCCUCCCGAGUCCAUAUUUCAAUCUCCAUUCUUCCUGGAGAGUUUCCUCUUAGCAAAGAACUUCGAAAAAAACUAGAGCAUCACCUUAAAAAGAGGCUCAUCCAACACCGCUGGGGCCUACCCCACAGGAUCUAUGAAUCUUUGUCUCUUAUGAUGCCUCCAAAUGAUUUUGUACAGACAUCUGAGUCAGGGAACAAAUCUAAAUUCUCAGUGACCAUGCAGAAGAGUCAGAGCAAACAAAAUAUAACUGCUGGGUCAAGUCCAUCUGGAAGCUUUCAUGAGAUUUUCUCGAGUAUGUCUGUAUUAGAGGAAGAUUUGGGGGAAACUCAGGGGCAGGUCUCAGAGAAAAGGCCAAACAAACAUUCACUGAAUGACCCAGAAAAGAGUUCAGAUCUGGGUCUGGGGUCCAACUCUGAGGCAAAUCCUAACAAUUAUAUACUAAGUCAUUCAAGCAAAAAACAAAUAGCCUCAGAGGAGAGAGUGCCUCAUAAACAAUUUGAAAAUUCCCUCAAAGCACAUCUGAGUAAGAAAUUUGAGGAAAUCAAUGAGGGUCAAUUCCCAAAUGUUGUGCACAGUUCAUGGCACACCCUGCAACAGUCUGAGAAAUCUAACACUAAUGUAAAUCAGGGCAACUUGUCUUCAAUGGAUUUCUCCCUCAAGGCCACUAAGCAACAUCAUAUUCAAAAGUCUCAUAGGAAGGCAAGUGGCCUUUGCCCCAAAGUCAGUAAAUCUAUACAAAGGUCAUGCCAUUCCAACCUCCUCUCAGCCAACAUGAUUCCUGAGGGGAACUACAAAUCUGGGGAUCUCAAGAACUUUAGAGGCCUUUCUCAGGAAGAUAAAGUUGGAAUAAAAAAUGUAGGUUCUGUCUUUGAUCAUCAUGUCCCUGCCACCUCACCUAUAGGCAAAGAGGGACAGGGUGUCCUGAGACAAUCACCCUUUGAUAACAACCAGGAACUUGUAGAAGUCCAGAGAAGUAAGGGUGACAGACCUAGUCUUCUGCCUGUCAAACGCAACCUCAUAGAAAGUCAGAGACAGAGUUUUCUACCCAACAGAAGCCCCCAAAAGCUGCCCUCAUGGCAAGCUGCGGAUAGACAGGAACCAAAGUUUCAUAGCAUCAGCUCCAGUGACAGAUUAGAAAUGCCAGAAAGAAAAGAGAUAGCAAAUAAAGAGCUUUUUUCCAAUGCUGCAAUAUCCAGGGAGAUAUUUAGGGCCAAGGAGCUCGAUGCUCUUCAAUCAGAAGAUAGUACCAUCUUGAUAGGGUACAGACCUGGAAGUUCUCAAACACUAAGUGCCAAUGAGAGAAAAGCAGCAAGCACAAAGCGCCUGCCACCAAAAAUAUCAGUUCUCCCAGAUAGUAAUUCACCGGAGCUGAAAGAAAAAUUGAUUGAUGAAUUAAAGCUGGAGUUAAAGAGCAGGGAAAAACAGUUGGCCCAAGGCCAACCUGUGGACAUGUCCUCUACUUCAGAUAGCUUGACUCAUGAGGACUCACUGACUCACGCCCAGGGUUUUUUCACAGGGGAUGAGGAAACUUCCCAAGUGCUGCACGUCUAUAUGGAGGACAGUGGGUUCAGUAUGGAGCAGGAGAAAGAGCCGUGGGUUCCUGAACAUGUGUUGAGGUGCCAGGAUAAGGACUUUCCCCCAGAUGUAAUGAGCACGAAUUGUACUGGUCCCAAAUCAGCAGCAGAGCUUGGUGGAGGGGAUGCAGAACAGGCAUCACCGCAACCUGGAAGCAGGUGUUUCCCUUCUAAGUACAUACCACUCAAGGUGUAUGAGAGCAAGAAUUCUAAGCUCUCACCACGGAAGGGACAACAUCCUCCUGAAAAUCUUUUCAGACAAAAAUUUAAAGAUUUUUGGCAAUGGAUCUAUCCUAGAACAAAGUACAUGAAACAGAAUUCCCAGGUGAAGGGCAGUUCCAUAUCAUCUCCACAGAGCAGAGGCCCAAUUAAAAGUAGAGCUGCCACUACCAGGAAGAUUGACACCCAGAAAUAUAUUAAUGACACUGGAAAACCCCUAGACAAGAAAGUGGGGCACAGGCAUGCAAACUAUACCACCAGCCUUGAAAAGUCGUCUCUUCCACCAGGGAAGUCUGGGAUCAAACAGAAGACAGAAGGGAAAGCUCAGAAAGUGUGCACUCAUGGGUAUUUUUUCAACCCCAAGGCUGUCUCCUCUAUUGUCAUAAAUUGCAAUUCUUGUUCCCAAGCACCAGUCAUUGCUGGUCUGGCUAACCCUGCAAGUCAAGGUGUGAGAGGCACUGACAGACAUCCCCAGAAAGCAUUUAAAGAUACUGUGGUGUGUCCAAGGCACAACCUUCACAUGGUCCAAAGGAGGUCUCUGGCCCCUACAAUCCCCCCCUGCAGGUGGCAGGCUGAUCAGUGUUCUAAACUUAAAGGCUUUGCGCUGAGUGACAUGUCAUUUCAGAGAAAUCAGUUAUUUAAACAGAAAAUGAUCCUUCAGAAAUUCCAGGGAUGGCAAGUUCUCAACCAAAAGCAAAUUCUCUAUGGAGACUACUGA